GGGGCAUUCGGUUACUUGAGAGUACUUGGGGGGAGACGGGCACAUUACAGUCUGACCUCUACUCGGUGAAGAGGAGCACCCACAAUGUCGGACGCGGUUAUUAGCUUCCUUAAGGAUUUUUUGGCCGGCGGCAUCGCCGCUGCCAUCUCCAAGACCGCAGUCGCCCCAAUUGAGAGGGUGAAACUGCUGCUGCAGGUCCAACAUGCGAGCAAACAGAUCACAGCGGAAAUGCAAUACAAAGGGAUUAUUGACUGCGUGGUGCGAAUCCCGAAGGAGCAAGGCUUCCUUUCGUUCUGGAGAGGUAAUCUGGCCAACGUGAUCCGUUAUUUCCCCACCCAAGCUCUCAACUUCGCCUUCAAAGACAAGUACAAGAAGAUCUUCCUCGGAGGAGUGGACCAGAAAACGCAGUUCUGGCGCUACUUCGCCGGAAACCUGGCGUCUGGCGGCGCCGCCGGUGCAACCUCUCUGUGCUUCGUGUACCCACUUGACUUCGCCAGAACCAGGCUUGCGGCCGACAUUGGCAAAGGCCCUGCCGAGAGAGAGUUUACUGGCUUGGGCAACUGCAUCGCUAAGAUCUUCAGAUCCGACGGCAUUAAGGGUCUUUACCUCGGAUUCAACGUUUCAGUUCAGGGAAUCAUUAUCUACAGAGCUGCGUACUUCGGAAUCUACGACACUGCUAAAGGUAUGCUGCCGGAUCCUAAGAAUGUGCACAUCGUUGUCAGCUGGAUGAUCGCCCAGUCCGUCACUGCCGUCGCUGGUCUCGUGUCAUACCCCUUCGACACUGUCAGACGUCGUAUGAUGAUGCAGUCAGGACGCAAAGGAGCUGACAUCAUGUACAAGGGCACAAUUGACUGCUGGAAGAAGAUCUUAAAGGACGAGGGCUCCAAGGCCUUCUUCAAGGGUGCCUGGUCCAACGUCAUCAGAGGAAUGGGCGGUGCUUUCGUACUGGUGUUGUACGACGAGAUCAAGAAGUUCACAUAAACAUUCAUCGCCUCUCCACCGAAUAAAUCCUUAAAGCUUUUUAAGUCUUAACAGUGUAUGAAAAUGGCAAGAACAUGCUCCAGGGUGGAGGAGGGGGUGACUAUUUGGGUUGCAGACAGUCGUAGGAGGACGGAAUCUGGAGAGCAAAGAAAAAGGAGUUGUCCUUUCGACCUCUUCUUAAAUAAGAGAAUCACAUCCCCUUCGAAUGUGUAUAUAUCCCUCUUAAUGUCUGAAGUGUUAAUGCACAGCCAGUCUUUCAGUUUAGGAUGUUCUGACCUGUUCUGGAGAGGAAGUGCACUCCCAUUAAGAAAAAAUAAACAGUAGAGUGAAGGAGUGUGCAGAUGCUUUAGAAUACAUCAUUCAUCCAACCUUUGCAGAUUACAUUUUGCAGCAGCUGCUGUACAGUGAAGGCCUUUUCCCUGUGGUGUCACCAACCUGUGCUCUUUUAAUAAAAAUAAUAAUAAAAAAUAAAAUAACUGA